AUGCUCACCUGCCCCGGGGUCCUCGGGAAGACGACUCAACUCACUUUUCAGCAGUCUGAACAGAAAUACCGCAUCGAACGAGACACCUUUGGUGAACUCCAAGUGCCCGCCGACCGAUAUUGGGGUGCUCAGACUCAGCGAUCCCUACAAAACUUCGACAUUGGUGGACCAGCUGAACGUCUCCCACCGCCCCUUAUCAAGGCUUUCGGAGUCGUGAAAAAGGCUGCCGCCAUCGUCAACACGGAGUUCGGCCUCGACCCCAAGAUUGGUGGGGCGAUCCAAAAGGCUGCCGAUGAUGUUAUCUCUGGCAAACUGAUGGAUCACUUCCCUUUGGUCGUUUUCCAAACCGGAAGUGGCACUCAAUCCAACAUGAACAUUAACGAGGUCAUCUCAAACCGAGCUAUUGAGCUCCUGGGAGGAGAGUUGGGCUCGAAGAACCCUGUUCACCCCAAUGACCAUGUGAACCGCAGCCAGAGCAGCAAUGAUACUUUCCCGACGGCAAUGCACGUUGCCGCCGUGACCGAAAUUAGCAACGACUUGCUGCCUGCCUUGGAAGAGCUGCGAAGUGCCUUGGACGCAAAAGCCAAGGAAUUCGACAGCAUUAUCAAAAUUGGUCGAACCCACUUGCAGGAUGCCACUCCUCUCACUUUGGGUCAAGAGUUCAGCGGAUACGUGCACCAAGUCACCAACGGUAUUGAGCGCUUGAAGGCAGUUUUGCCUCGUGUGAGCCAGCUUGCCCAAGGUGGCACUGCCGUUGGAACCGGCCUCAAUACGCAAAAGGGAUGGGAUGUAAAGGUAGCGGCCGAGAUCUCCAAGCUGACUGGCCUUCCCUUCGAGACUGCACCUAACAAAUUCGAAGCAUUGGCCAGCCACGAUGCACUCGUCGAAGCUCACGGCGCGCUCAAUGUCAUCGCUUGCUCGUUCAUGAAGAUUGCCAACGACAUUCGAUUCCUUGGAUCUGGUCCGCGAUGUGGUCUCGGAGAACUGGCUUUGCCGGAGAACGAGCCUGGAAGCAGCAUCAUGCCUGGAAAGGUGAACCCCACGCAAUGCGAGGCGCUGACCAUGGUCGCGGCCCAGGUCAUGGGCAACAAUGUGACUGUCAGUGUCGCCGGGUCCAAUGGCCAAUUCGAGCUCAACGUGUUCAAACCCGUUAUCAUCAAAAACGUGCUCCAGAGCAUUCGAUUGCUUGCUGAUGGUUAUGGGGUGCUGAGACAAGGGGAACCCACAGGUGCUCGAUCGUUCACCAAGAACUGUGUUGUUGGAAUCAAGGCCAACGAAAAGCGGAUACACACCUUGUUGAACGAGUCGUUGAUGCUUGCGACCAUUUUGAACAGCCAUCUGGGCUAUGACAACGUUGCGAAAUGCGCGAAGAAGGCACACCGGGAGGGAACGACAUUGAAGGAGGCGACCGUUGCUCUUGGAUUCCUUACUCCUGAGGAGUUUGACCAGAAAGUUCGACCGGAGUUGAUGAUUAGCCCUGACAACUAG